AUGGACGCGUUCAGCGACAGAGAUCGUCUCUCCAACGGCAAGAUCAAAAGACGUUACGAGUUUUCGAAUGCGCGUUUGGACACCAUCUUCUCGACUGUAUGUCUCGCUUUAUUUUUUUUAUUUACCUUGGUUUAGUUCAACGAAAUCGAACCUAUUGAGACGAACUCGUUGACCUUCCACAGAGAAUCACCUCCAUAUGCAUUCAGUCGUUCCGAUUGUCCGUUUACGCCUUCUAAUUUGGUAAGUUUAUAUUCUUUUGGGUUUUCGUGUUUAGGAGCUCACAUUGUACUUGAUAAAGUUGGUAAAAAGGAUAGUCAGUAAUUUGAGAGAUAUGUUCUCUUUAGAGAUUGCUUUGUAGCUGUUGGGGAAAUUAAAGCUUUCAAGCCGCUCGAUUUGAAUAUUUUACCAGCUGAGUCAAGUAUAAUGUCGGGAGUCCAAGAAAAGUCGGGAAUAGUUGAUCAAUAGCUGCUUAUAAUGAUCUUUGCAGUUCAAAUUAACCAUCGACGGUGAGGAUUAUGGAAGUAUCGAUGAAUACAUGAGAAAAAUGAUGUUCAGAGAACUGGUUGCCACCGACCCUCCGACGAAGGAAAGCUGUUGGGCUCUGAACUUGGUCGAGAGAAAUGUAAGCUUUUCUUUGAUUUUCUUGUCUUUAGGGUUUUGUGGAGAUGUGAAAGUCGCUUUUGGACAAGUUUACUUGUUUUGAGAUCUCCAAUUAUAUUAUACUUGACUUCAGGUGAGUACUAAAGAAUGGGAGCAGUGGCAACUUGGUAGAGGUCUCCUCCACAUGCAGAAGGCUCUUGUGGAGCGAGCCAAGUCCGAUAAGAAGUUCAGAAGUCUGUUGAAUCCACUCGGAGAUCGUUUUAUCGUCUAUACCUACCGCAACGACAUCUUCUACGGCUCCCAGUGCGGCAAAGAGGAUGUUCUCAGAUGGUUCAAGAUGAUGGCUGAUAACAGAAUGUCCGUCAAGUAUCCCAAGGGCCUGCCGGUGACUUAUAAGCAGCUUUGUUGUUGUCCAAAGGUCGCCAGAAGAGGAUACAAUGUGUUGGGGUUAAUCCUCAUGGCUUUGAAGGAAACUGUGAGUUUUUUUGGGUUAUUGUGGUGCAAUUGAAAGGAAGUUUUGGACUGAAGUGGGUCGAUUGAGGUCUAAGAAUGGGUGAAAAUUAAUUUCGGAAGGUUUGGCGUUGGUUUAGGGUUAUUUUUGACAUUUUUUUAUUCAUAAACAUUGUUUUAGACGCCUCUAAAACAAAAAAUUGAUUUUAUGAAAAUACUUGUAUUAAACAUGGAAAUUUAGGACACGUUUAGACAAAUUAGCAUGUCAGCUGUUGUUAAAUUCUGUUACAACGAUGGUUUGACCCUAUCUUUGACAUUUUUUGAGCAAAAAUAUUGCUUUAGAUCAUCAAAUUUCUAAUCUAGAUAUGUGAAAAUUUAGUUGAAGGAGUCAUAAUUUCUUGUUCGUUUUCAGAUGAAGAUCACUCAAUUGGACGAUAUUUACAUCCACAUUCCACCAUUGGAGACUGUGGAGCGCCCCAUCACCUACUCCACCAGGUUGACCACCCAGAAGCGGGUCCACGGAAUCAAUUCGGUCUGUGGAUCGGUCUAUUCGUCCAGAGCCUCUCUGAUCAGCGACGUCGGGAGAUAUCCGGCUGCCAACGCGGUGUUUGACCCGUUGGCCAGUCACGACCCCAACAAACGGCUCAGAUUUGACACGAAUUUGUUCCGCCAGGCCCGCUGUGGAACCCCGGCCUCGGAAUUUGGCGAUUUGAACCUCGAGAAUCCGUUGUCUCCUCAGCCAAAUCGGCACAGAGCCUCUUCGGUCUCGAGCAACAUGGAAUUUGAUACCAGAAGAUUUGUGCAGCCCGCCAGCAGGGCCUCCAAUCAUAUCGAGUUUGAUGAAGAAGUUGUGAUGGAAGAUGAGGAAUCUGAUGAGGAAGAAAUCCAAUUCUUGGGAGAAGUUGAUAAAAGGUAAAUUGGAGUGUCAGAGGAAAGAUUUGGGAGGUUUGGAGCAAAAUUGAGGGAGUUGGGAUAUUAUCCAUGGAGCUUUAUACCAAUUUUUUGGAUUUUUCUCAGUGUUUUUGGGUCUGAUAUAGGUUGAAAAGGUUUAAAAAGGAGGAUGGAUGAGAUUGGAAUACAGUUAGAGGUUAUUUUUGAUACUUUUUUGUAAUAUUUUUGCCAUGGAUAAUAUAAUUUUGGAUGAUUUUUUCAAAUUUUUGGAUUGAAUAUGGAGUAGAAUGGCCUGAAAUAAAAUAGUUGGGCGAAUAGAGGUAUUUGGGAUGUGUCUAACGCUUAUUUGUGAGAUUUUUUCUUCAAAUUUUGCCAUAGGCAAAGUAAUUUUAUUGAUUUUUUCUAAUGAGAUUUUUUGCUGAAAUGUUGGGAAAUUGCCUGGAAAUGAUAUUUUAAGCGUUUCAGGAGGGGUUGUAAGGUUCUUUUGAAAUUUUAACAUAAUUUUUUACUUUUGUAAAAAACUUUGAUUUCAGCCAAGUCAGCGAAGAGACCCGUCAAAGAAUGAUGGGCCCGGCAACCGAGGAGAUGGAAGAAAAGCCGGACAUCUUAGAAAUCAAGGCGAAUAUCGCUCGUCCCAAGUGCACCUGGCAAUUCCCGUCCAUCUUCAGCACCAGUGUCAAGGAGAAGAAGAAGGGCCGCGAAUCCGCUACCUCAUUCGAUUCCGGCUACUACGACCGCACCAACAUGGGCUCCACCUCCACCCUGAACCAGUCGGUCGAGUUCGCCGUCCCCGCGAACCCAUAUCACAACGAAAAUUCGUCCCCAAUGCCGGACGCGGUCUUCAGCGCGUCCGAGUCGAGCUUUGUAGCGCCGAAUUCGAGCCACGGAGCUGCCGCCGCCUUUAGAGAGCAUCGUGUCAGCUUCUCGAGCAACAUGACCGACAGCACGGCGGACGAGCUGCUCCCCGCCACCAGCGAGGGCCUGCCCGAAGUCACCGACGCCGACCACCAUCUGCUGGACGAGGAACAGAAGCCGCCAAUCCGCCGCCCGCACGCAAUGCACGGCGUAAGUAAGAGGGUAAGCCAGGAGAGGAUGUAAGCAGAUCCAAGGAACCCGCGGGACCCCUCGAAUACCCCCCACUCCCCCGAGGUAAAACUUUCUUUUUGAUGAGGCUGCAGGCCAAGGAUAGGUUAGUUAGGAGGGAAGGCGAUGAAAAGAGAGGGAAAAUUGAAUUAGUUUAGGUUUAAAAUUGGGUUUAAAGGUGUGAUUGAGGUUUUUGGAGGGCGUGGUAAAAAAAUUUGGGUGUGGUAAGGGGUGACCAAAAAAUUUUAUUGACAAAUUUUUAAUUUUUUGGCGUUUCUAACGGUGUAAAUCAUUUUUAAAUGAUAUUUAAAAAGUUUUAGAGGGCGUGGUAAAAAAAUUUGGGCGGGAUAAGAGGUGACCAAAGAAAAAUUUUACCCUUUGCCUUGAAACGCCGAUUUUGGAAAAGAAAAGGCUUAGAGAGGCCAUUAAAUGGAUACAGGCAUCUGUCUGCGGUGUGAUUUACGACAGUUUGAUUAAAGAACCUGUUUUCCCUCCUUUUUUUGAGUGCAAGGUCGGCCCAUUCUGCUACCCAUUUCUCUGCCAAAGUUGCGUUGCGAGGCGGCAAAAGACGCCGAAAGAAAUGAGACGUAAAAAUUGAGGGAUUUUUCUGCGGGUGUUUUAUUGAUAUGGGGGAAAAUUUGAUUUUGCCACACUUGCCAUGGAUAAUAUAUAUUUUUUUUUGAUUUUGCCAUUUUUCUGCUUAUCCCACAAUUUUCAGAUUGUGCUGGACACAAUUGAACUGGAAUAA